CCUCGAGUUUCUAAUUGUAUUAUCCCUAAAGAGUCAUGAUAAAAGUGAAAGUACGGGAUCAUAGGCCAAUAAUACUGACAAAGCGAAAGUUUUUUUUUGUAAUGUUAGCUGCGGACAGACUUGAGCAUACAUCACUCAGCAAGUGUGUGAUUCCAAAAAAACAAAAGCUGUAAAUGAUCCCAGAGGAUGACAUCAUCGUGUUACAGAGCCUGGCUCACAGCAGGGUUGUGGUUAUCAUGCUUAUCUCCCCUGACAGUAGCUGGUAACAACUUGUUUUCUGUGAACUGCACUGCUGAAAGCACUGGGCGAAUCAAUGAGGUUACUGAGCUGCAAUGUGUUCUUCAAUCUCAAAGCGAGAAUCUGAUUGUUGAAAAAAUUGUGUGGAUAAAAGUGGGAUCAGAAGGCAAACUACUGAAUUCAACUCCGAGGUUCCAAAUGAAAAAAGAAUUGAAUAAUAUUGAUAGAGAUGUGUCCCUGCUGGUGAAUGACACCCGAAUCACAGAUGAGGGGAUCUACCAAUGUGCUGUAUCUUCUGAUGGGGGAUUUGGGGAGGCACACAUCAUUCUGAAAGUAAAGGCUGACUAUAGCAAACCCACAGUGCACCUCGCUCCUGGACAAACCCUGCAGGAAGGUAAGGAGGUGACCCUGAGGUGCAGCUCUGGAGGGGGGUACCCUGAGGCACGGAUUCACUGGUUUGAUCACAACGGUUCCAACUUAAGUGCUGCAGCCCAAUUCAGUUUUACACAGGCACUGGACAAAAGUUUCAACUUGACCAGCGAGUUAACCAUCACUCAGAACUCCAGCUCCCUGCCCUACAACUGCUCUGUGAUCAACCAGCUAGGAGAGGCUGAGACAAGCAGCGAGCUGCUCUUCCUAUUGGCACGGACAGCUGAAAAUAGACAGAGACGGAGAGUUCCAUGGAUCCCCUUUGUGCUCUGCCUGGUUUUCUUCAUAGGUUUUGUUCUACGAAAACUCUACAAACAUCAAGAACAGCAGCAAUGACCCCAACUGAUGACCCCCCGAUGAACCCCCUCUCACGCCUGUUGCUGAUUCCCAGUAGAGUGACACCUUGUUUUUAUUAAUGGCAUUUUCUGUGUGUAAUCUAUCCCUUUGUCUUUAACUUCUUCAAUUGUAAGGUAUUUAGUGAGUGAGGGAGCUGGGGUAAAUCAGGGAUAAAACAAUUGCACCCUCCAUCCUAGUCCUUCUACAUUUUCUCAUCUCUUUUAAAGAGCAAAUUGAUACAGGACUGAAUCGCAGUUACAAUAACGCAUGUGUCGGUUCAAUUAGUAUAGCAGACAUUUAAAACUCAUGCUUUCUCUCUAAGUAUAGCAGGAACACUAGAGUGUAUCCAUUAACCUGUCCCCCUGCAACAUGUAGAAUGUACCAAAGAUGUGAUUCCUUUUUUUUUUUUUUUUAUAAAUUUAGUCGUUGCCAAUUAUUUUUAUUAUUUUCUCCCAAUUUGGAAUUGCCAAUUAUUUUAUUAUGCUCAGCUCACCGCUACCACCCCUGCGCUGACUCGGGAGGGCGAAGACGAACACACGCUGUCCUCCGACCGCUUUUUUUCACACUACGGACUCACCAUGCAGCCACCCAAGAUCUACAGUGUCGGAGGACAACGCAGCUCUCGGGCAGCUUACAGGCAAGCCUGCAGGCGCCCAGCCAGACUACAGGGGUAGCUGGUACGCGGUGAGCCGAGGACACCCUGGCCGACCUAACCCUCCCUCCCCCCGGGGCGACGCUCGGCCAAUUGUGCGCCACCCCCUGGGAGCUCCCGUCCACGAUCAGCUGUGGAAUAGCCUGGACUCGAACUCGCGACGUCCAGACUAUAGAGCGCAUCAAUUUCGUUGGAUGUGCCACUCGGGAGCCCCUGAAAGAUGUGAUUCCUGAACAGAAAACAAUAUAGAAAGUGAUUGUAAACUACAAGGAAGAAUGCAUUAUUUAAGAUAACUGUGAUCCUUCAUUCCAGUACCAAGUUGUUUAUUACUAAAGGAGGGGGUGUAACAACCUGUGUUCUAUAUUGUUCCUCAUUUCAGUUUGAAUUGGGAUUGUUUAGAUUUGUAUUUAUCAUCUGUCAAUAUAAUUCAAUGCCUACUAGUGGAAUCAUCUAUUCUGUGGGAUUUUAAUAUACGUUUUUCACAAGGCAAACUGCAGGUCAUUUUUUGUAAUGUUUAAUAAAAAAACUAAUUGAUGAAUUAUGUGAUUAAACAAUCUAUCUGAAUAUCUUUUGAAUAUGUGAAAAUGUGCAGUUACAGAGAUUUGAAGGUAAACAGAUUUGCAGUGGCACUAAAAAUAUUAUUUACCAGAAACUGCAACAUCCACCAAUUUCUAUAUUAUCGUUUAUUUGUGCAAAAAACAAAGUUCCCAAAAAAGAGACAAAUAUAAAAGAUACCUAAAUUCAAAGAUACCUAAAUUAAAAGAUACCUUAAUUAAAAGAUACCUAAAUUAAAAGUUCAAUUCAGUUUGCACAGUGAUUGCUUUGCUGCAACACGAGUCAGGCUUCUUGUUUAAAUCAUUUAUUUCUAAUUUAAUAAACAAAUUAUAGUUAAAGACUAUUCUGACAGUGCUAAUUAAAGUAAUUGCUAUCUGUAAGUCAAGUCUGAGGUGUGUCAUUAUAAGCUAUGGCCAAAAUAAGGAAUACAAUACGAUCAGAGCUUGAAAGAGGGGACUUUGUUUCAUACACUGUAGAUAGCUACUAAAGCUUUAGGAACUGUAUGGAGCUCCCACAUACAGAGAGGAAAGAAAAGCAAUAAGGAAGGCGUGUCGUUCUGCAGCAGGUCUGGUUCAGACACUAGAUGAAUCUUGAGAGGAAGUGGCACCUCAUUCCAUUCUGAAUGGAGAAGUAGCUGAGUUCUGUAUUGCUUUCAUUUUACGUGCCAGUUAGAACAUGAUCAAUUCCACUGGAUGAGAGUCAGGGAGCUUCAGAACACAGCGAGAGGCGCUGAUGAGAUCCUGUUAAAGCUCAGGUAAAAGGGAAACAUCCAUGUUAUCCAGCAGAGGGCGCUCUGUGCUCUGUUGUAUUCUGUACAGACGUGUGUUUCUGCACUGCAAUAACUGUUUAAAUGGCUUUGCCAUUGUCAAUAUAUCUAUUCAUGAUUGUUUUCUGUAACAACCGUUUUCAAAUCUAAUAAAACCUUAUUUUCAAUCUAAA